GGCAGCGGGACCAGAGGGCGGCUCCCGUUCAUUCCCCAGCAUGGCCCCCUUGGCCUGGGCUAUCUGCUGCUUCCUGGGGGGCCUCCUGAUCAGUGGGGGCAGCCCCAGCCCCAGCGUGCCCCGCCUGCGACUCUCCUACCGAGAUCUCCUGUCUGCCAACCGCUCUGCCAUCUUUCUGGGCCCCCGAGGCUCCCUGGACCUCCGGUCCAUGUACCUGGAUGAGUACCGGGACCGCCUCUUUCUGGGGGGCCGUGAUGCCCUCUAUUCUCUGCGGCUGGACCAGGCAUGGCCAGACCCUCGGGAGGUCCUGUGGCCACCCCAGCCAGGCCAGAGGGAAGAAUGUGUUCGAAAGGGAAGAGAUCCUCUGAUGGAAUGUGCCAACUUUGUACGGGUGCUACAGCCCCACAACCGGACCCACCUGUUGGCAUGUGGCACUGGGGCCUUCCAGCCCACUUGUGCCCUCAUCACGGUUGGGCAUCGUGGGGAGCAUGUGCUCCACCUGGAGCCCAGCAGUGUGGAAAGUGGACGCGGGAGGUGCCCGCACGAGCCCAGCCGUCCCUUCGCCAGCACCUUUGUAGGUGGGGAGCUGUACACAGGCCUCACUGCUGACUUCCUGGGGCGUGAGGCCAUGAUCUUCCGAAGUGGGGGUCCCCGGCCAGCACUGCGUUCUGACUCUGACCAGAGCCUUCUGCACGAGCCCCGAUUUGUGAUGGCCACACGGAUCCCUGACAACUCUGACCAGGAUAAUGAUAAGGUGUACUUCUUCUUCUCGGAGACCGUCCCUUCGCCCGAUGGUGGCCCGGGCCGUGUCACUGUCAGCCGUGUGGGCCGUGUCUGUGUGAAUGAUGCUGGUGGCCAGCGGGUGCUGGUGAACAAGUGGAGCACCUUCCUCAAAGCCAGGCUGGUCUGCUCUGUGCCCGGCCCUGGUGGUGCUGAGACCCACUUUGACCAGCUGGAGGACGUGUUCCUGCUGUGGCCCAAGGCAGGGAAGAGCCUGGAGGUGUACGCGCUAUUCAGCACCGUCAGUGCUGUGUUCCAGGGCUUUGCCGUCUGUGUGUAUCACAUGGCAGACAUCUGGGAGGUCUUCAACGGGCCUUUUGCCCACCGCGAUGGUCCUCAGCACCAGUGGGGGCCCUAUGGGGGCAGGGUGCCCUUCCCUCGCCCUGGCGUGUGCCCCAGUAAGAUGACUGCACAGCCAGGACGACCCUUUGGCAGCACUAAGGACUACCCAGACGAGGUGCUGCAGUUUGCCCGAGCCCACCCACUCAUGUUCUGGCCUGUGCGGCCUCGGCGUGGCCGCCCUGUCCUCAUCAAGACUAAUCUGGCCCAGCGGUUGAGCCAGAUUGUGGUAGACCGUGUGGAGGCAGAAGAUGGGACCUAUGACGUCAUCUUCCUAGGGACAGACUCAGGCUCUGUGCUCAAACUCAUCGCCCUCCAGGCUGGGGGCUCAGGGGAGCCCGAGGAAGUGGUUCUGGAGGAGCUCCAGGUGUUUAAGGUGCCAACACCCAUCACUGAAAUGGAGAUCUCUGUCAAAAGGCAAAUGCUGUAUGUGGGCUCUCAACUGGGCGUGGCUCAGCUGCGACUGCACCAGUGUGAGACCUAUGGAAGUGCCUGUGCCGAGUGCUGCCUGGCCCGGGACCCAUACUGCGCCUGGGAUGGCACCUCCUGUACCCGCUACCGCCCCAGCCCUGGCAAGCGUCGGUUCCGCCGGCAGGAUAUCCGGCACGGCAACCCUGCCCUACAAUGCCUGGGCCAUGGCCAGGAUGAGGAAACUUCAGGACUGGUGGCCACCAGGAUCUAUGGCACAGAGCACAACAGCACCUUCCUGGAGUGCCUGCCCAAGUCUCCCCAGGCUGCUGUGCGCUGGUUCUUGCAGAGGCCAGAGGAUGAGGGCCCUGACCAGGUAAAGACAGAUGAGCGGGUCCUGCAAACGGAGCAGGGGCUGCUGUUCCGCAGGCUCAGCCGCCUCGAUGCGGGUACCUACACCUGCACAACGCUGGAGCAUGGCUUCUCCCAGACUGUGGUCCGUCUGGCUCUGGAGGUGAUUGUGGCCACACAGCUGGACAGCCUGUUCCUUGGGGAGCCAAGACUGGAGGAGCCCCCUGCUCGGGGAGGCCUGGCCUCUACUCUGCCCAAGGCUUGGUAUAAGGACAUCCUGCAGCUCACUGGCUUCGCCAACCUGCCUCGAGUGGAUGAGUACUGUGAGCGUGUGUGGUGCCCCGGCAUUGGGGAGCGCUCGGGCUCCUUCCGGAGCCGGGGGAAGCAGGCCAAAGGCAAGAGCUGGGCAGGGCUGGAGCUGGGCAAGAAGGUGAAGAGCCGGGUGCAGGUCGAGCGCAACCGGACGCCCCGGGAGGUGGAAGCCACGUAGAAGUGGAAGGGGUGGUCAGGAUGGGCCAGGGCAUCCGGCAGCAACCCCCAGCAUCUCCGACCCACCCAGCUAGGGCAAGGGGCGCCAGGAUGCCUGACUGCCUCUUAGAGAUGGGAAUCUCUGCUACCCACAGGAAGGGCUGGGGGCCUGAAGGAGGGGCCCUGUGCCUGAGGCCUGUUCCCUGCCCCUCUUUAUGUUCUCCUUCUCAGAACGGAGCUGGCACCCUCUAGCCCCUGGCAGCCCCAAGGGGACUGCCAUUUGUUCUCAGAGAUGGCCUGGAUUCCGGAAUUAUUCCGGGUGUGCCCAGAGGCGAGAGGGUUGGGUGGUUCUUUCCCAGCCUGCAGAACAAUGGCUAUUCUGAGUGACCUUCAGUGGGUGGCUCUAGGUGGUGUCUGGGCAGAGGCCCUCAGGCGGCUAGAAGAGAGUAGCGGUGCCUCUUGACCUCCCAUCUGUUAAGAAGAGCCUACCCUGACCAGGUUGCGGAGGGCAGGUGGAGGUGCUGAGGAGUUGGAGCAUCAGUACCUUACCUCUUCCCGCCCUGAUACCUUGGCAUUUCCUUGCCACUGCCCACCACCUCAUCUGUAUCUUGGAGUUACAGAGGGUGGAUUUCUGAGACCUAGGGGUGGUCCAGGUCUUAGGCUUCACUUUAUAAACCCGAGAGAGGGCUCUCACAGCCUGACCUUCUUUCUCCAGGCACUGAAGUGUUAUGCCAGGUUUCUGGGGUGGCCACACCUCCUGAUGGGAUUCCCCUCCUCGCCAUCAGGGUCCCAUAUUGAGGAGCUGGAAGAAGGGAAUGUUAGUCCUCACCUCUGGAUUAGAGAUGGAGACAAGGAGCUGGAGAACUAUGGGGUUGGGAAGAGCAGGCUGUCUUUUCCAGGGUAAUACAGAAGGGGUAGGAAUGUACAGUCUCUGCAAGCUACAGCCUGAGGUCAGGAUUGGGGUCAGGGCUUUGACCAGGGCCACAGAAAAUUGAGGUCAUCAAGAUGAAGAGAGGGUGGGAGACCAUCAGGAUGAGCUAUGGACCCGGGCCUAGGUGUCCUCAAGAGGGUAUCAAUUAGUUCAGGAGCCACACUGGGAAGGUCAGUUUUUCCCUGAGAUCUGUAUUUUCUGCUAAGUAAGGUUUGGGCCUGAGCAGUUCUUUUAUAAGUCUUUUUUUUUUUUUUUUCUUUUCUGAUUUUUUUUUUCUCUUUCAGUGCUAGAGAUGAACACAGGGCCUUGUGAAUGAGCUAGGCAAGCGCUCUACCACUGAGCUACACCCCCAACCCUCCUUUUUUUCUUUUAAGGGAAAAAAAUGUAGAGAGAAUAGCUGCUAAGAACUGUAAGUCCUGCUGGUCCUUGGGUUGAGGCUCAGAUGGCAAGGACACAUUUUGCUUGGGCAUGUAGGGGAGUUGUUUUUGCCAUCAGCAGUUUCUCAGGCUGGGGAGCACAGAGGAGGAGGAGGAUAACUAAAUGAAAAGUUGUUCCCAGGCUGCACACGAACAAGUUAGUGACGCACAAAACCAACAGCAGACAAGGGCAUCAACUCUGAGAUUCCCUCCUUCAAAAAACCAAGAUGAAGAAACAAAGGAGGAAAAAGAAAAAGCAAGUUAGGCUUCCUGCCCUACUGAAACUCCAUCGUGAAGGGCCUUGGGCUUUAAUCUCCCUCACCCUGACACCACCAAAGCAUGGGAACCCGAAAUAGCUCCCCUUGCUUCCCUUUGAUUAUAUGAGGUUAACCUAACAACAUCUCGAGGAUUCUUUCUGCCUGGGGUGCUGUCUUGCCAUAUUAGCAGGUAAAUAGAGGAGGGGAUGGUAGAAGAAAGAAGGAAUGGGAGACUGAGAUGAAAGAGUUGGAGGAGAGAGUGCAGACCUCCAGGAGGGGGUUUCCGAGUCGCAGCCUGCUCUGCCCUCUUUCCCUGGGAAGCCACAAAGAGAUGACCAGGCUCUCGGUGACUGGACCUGGGCUGGGCAAGCUCCAGGCACGGUCCUCUGGAGAAGUCACCCUGGAAAAUGGAGGGAGCAUUGUACACUUGCACUUGGGAAAUGUGGACGGCUUCUACCAAUUGCCACCCUUCCAUGGUACUGUAUGUUAUUAAUUCCUGGAAAUGCCCUCUAUGGAUGAAUUCUAUUUUUGUGUUCCUAUAUUGAGAUGGGCCUUGUGGCUUCUCUGUCUUCAGAGCAGACUUCUUGUAUUGUUAUUUUUAUUGUUGUGACUGCUCUGAGUUCUAGUAAGGAAAGCAAGAGCCUCCCAGGAAAGGGAUGAAGUUAAUAUUUAUAUCACAUAAUUAUAUUGUUAUUAUAUCUGUGUA